AUGACGUCCAUCGACCCGACAGACCAGGAGCAGAGCGGCUUCACGUGCAUCAGUGACGUAGCCGCCUGGACGGGCAUAGCAGGCGACAGCACCGACACAUCGACGCCGAGGGGGUCGCUGUACCAGGCGCUCGGCAUCACAAGCGCGGAGCACCCACGCGUCGUCGGCAAUCUGAACGCCGACGACUACACAGCCAUCAUCGCCGCGUGGAAGCUCCAGAUCCCACAAGCAGGCGGCGGGGACCCCCAGAGCCAGGCAACGGCGUCUAGCGCCGCCAACUACAACAUGAGCUCGCCAGCCAAGCGGAAGGUGAAGAUGGCGGGCACGAUCAACCAGACGGACGACACGGAGAUCGACAUCUUGGACGAGGCCGCCAUCAAGGCGGCGUACAAGAAGUACUACGACAGGAUCGGGGCCUUCCCUCCAGCGGAAGAGGAGCUGAGCAAGGAGCAGCUUUCCACCCUCUUCGAGGCGCUCCAAUCAGGAAUUGCACCAUGCAUGGAUAUGGCCGCAUGGGGGCCGCAUCACCACAUAAUACAAAAGAAGAUCAGGCUCCGCGGCGUGAAGAUCUCACCCACGGGCGAGGUCACAUCCAUCGAGCUCACAGGCCCCGCAGAUUUCGAGGACUGGUUGCGGAUGAUCGGCAAGGACGAGAAGGAGCGUGUCAUAGCCACGCAGGCGUUCCACGACUUCGACGACACCAAGCCAUGGGAGUGGGUUUGGUCAAAGCUAGUAUCAGACGUCCAGUUCUGGCUGAGAGAAGUACAGGAACCCGCAGUACUCGUGCUGGCUCGCACGGCAUCCCUCAACCAGAUGAUCGAGCACGACGCCCCGAUCAUGCCGAUGUCACACGCCAACUCCAGCCUCACCACGCAGACGCAUAAAGUUGGUUCCGACGGCCUCUUCACCCACAACAGGAAGAACAUGGAGCUGUGCAGAGGCUUUCAGACGGGCGAGUGCACGGAGCAUGACGCACGGAACAACUGCCGCAGGAUCCCACGCCUCAAGCACCAGUGCGCGAAGUGCCUGUCCAUCGACCACGGCGCCAACGCGUGCACGCACAAGGCAGCCCGCCCACCCCGCGCCAACAAGUCGGCACGAGGUGGCGGGAGAGGAGACGGCAGAGGCAGCGGGCGGGGGUGGCCCCCGCCCAACCCGUCGGGGGAGGUAGCGGCGCCCCCGACGGUUCCAGACACACAGCCGCAGGGCGAGAAGUGCGGGCGUACUGCGGAUCCCGGAGUGAAGCGGCAUUCGGAUGCUCAUGGUAACUCCAGCAGAAGCGUGUCACUGAAGACGGAUCACGAUUUCGCCAACCAGCACGAGCCAGACACAAAAUCACAGGAGGACUCCGAUGCCAACAUCUACGCCUGCGAUCUCACCAAGAAGCUCCCUCAGGACCUCGCGAAAGGCCUCAAGUUCCUGUACCUGUUCAGCGGACCAGCGGGACGCGAGGACGGGUUCGCCCAGGCGAUUCAGGAGAUGGGAGGCCUGUGUGAGGAAUGGGACAAGAUCAACGGCGAUGACCAGGACCUUGCCGGGGAGGAGAACUGGAGAAGACUGAUGGCACGAAAAGCGGAGUUUGCUGGCAUACUGAUGACACCACCUUGUAACACCUUCACGAGAGCUCGGAGAAGACGCAGGGAAGGCGACGGCGGCCCACCGCCGCUUCGCGGACCUCGAGGUGCAGACAGAUACGGACUCAAAGAGCUGGCACCUCAGGACAAGGAGAAGGUCAAGAUGGGCACGCUGAUGGCUGUGCGGGCAGCGGGCAUGCUGGCAAGCAGCAUCACGGACAACACGCCGACCAUCAACGAGCAGCCCCACUUCGACCCUCAGGACAGCGAGAGCACGAGCAUGUACAACCUCGACGAGUUCCAGGCCAUCCGACACAACGGGAACAUCUCCAUCACGACAGUAGUCCAGUGCGCGUACGGUGCCGAGGCCGAGAAGAGAUCCACCCUCAUGGCGACGGGUAUCGACCUCUCGGAUGCCUCCGGCAGGUGCAAGCACGAGUCACGCUGGUGGAGGCGGCCGUCCACAGGCGAAUGGCACUACGGACCUCGCCCACCUCUAGUGGGCAAGGAAAAGAUGAUACCCGCGGGCGAGUGGAAAAGAGACAUGCUCCUGAACGACACACAGUACCACCGCAAGUACGCCAACGCCCCGUUCUUGACACAGGGCGCCCAGGCGUACCCCACGGGCUUCAACGGGCACCUAGCAGUGAAACUGGCGACCAGAGCAAGACAGAUCACAAGUGCAAGGUCGCAUGAACAUGAGCAGCUCGUGAACGUCGGCUACUGGCGCAACGCGCUGGUCAGGAAGCAGGACGCCAGACAGCCAGAUCGCUCAGAGCAGGGGGAGAUGAAGGCGACGAACAAGAUCGUUUUCAGCCACUCGCUCAAAGGCAAUCGGACGAUGGACGUCAAGGUCAGGGAGCUGGAGAACGAGAACUGCAUCGGGGGCAUGAGGCACCCCAGGCAGAGCAUAGAGAAGCUAGUCAACUACGGGGCGAUCAGCCUGCAGCUCAGACAGGCACGGACCCCAGCGGGCAUCGAGGUGGACACCACGGAUCCGGGCAUCUUCCCUGCGGUUGACGCGGAUGAGAUCAAGCCCUUACUCGAGGUACUGGAUGAGCAUGGUGGCGAGCCCUCGUUUCACAACUACUCGUCGGUGGACGACGACCCUGAGGCGAAGCCUGAGGUUGAGAGGCUCAAAGCUACAGGCUACGUCGCGACGUUCAAGUCAUAUAGGGACGCAUGCUCAUGGCUUGGGGCCAAGCCCAACGUAUCCAAGUUGGGCAUGAUCACCAAAGUCAAGAAUGGUAAGAUCAAGCGGCGCUUGAUUUUAGAUUGCAAGGAGUCCGGAGUCAACGCCACGGCAAAGCAGAGGCAGAGGAUCGUGCUCCCGAGGCUGUCGGACGUGAUCGACGACGCCCUCUACCUCACCAAGGAAUGCCACUCGAACGCUGACGAAGGAGUGGAGUGGCUAGUGCUUGACUUUACGGACUGGUUUUACAACAUACCGCUCAAGCGUCAGGAGCGCAGGCAUUUCGUCGCAUACUUCGACGGAGAGUUGAUCAUUUUUCUGACCAUGGCCCAGGGCAGUGUGAAUGCACCCCUCGUGUGCGGUCCGGUAGCCGCCAUGAUUGCACGACUCACUCAGUCAUUGUUUUGGUCAAAUGAGCUCCGCCUCCACAUCUACGUGGACGACCCGAUCAUCGCGGCGCGCGGGAUCAUGAGCCAGCGCGACAGGUGUCUCGCCCUCGUCAUCUUGACCUGGAGGGCGCUGGGCCUCAACCUCGCUUUCAAGAAGGCGGACCGAGGCCCAGAGGUCGAUUGGAUCGGAGCUCACUUGACAGUCAAGCAGCAACCAGAGCAGGCCAUUGUGGUCACAGCCAAGCAGGACAUUGUAGACGACGUGCGCCAAAUGGUCAACGACAUGCGCAAGAUGAACGUCGCUGCGAUUAAGGACGUACAGUCGCUCGUGGGCAAGGCCAACCACAUCGCGGGCAUGAUCGAGGCGUGGCGCCCAUUCUUACAGGACAUCUGGAGCACGAUCGCAGCCUACAAGCGGGGCGAGACCAGCAACGCCCCACGUCAGUGCAUCUGGACCAAGCAGAUGGCACAAGCCCUCGCAUGGAUCCAUGCCUUCCAAGAGGGGAUCAUGGGCUCCCUCAAGCGGACCUACCGCGUCAGUGCAUACUUCGGCUAUGCCAAGAAGAUCGCGAUCAUCACCGACGCCUCCCCCUGGGGGCUCGGCGGGCAUCUACUCGUGGAGAUCGUGAUCAUGGCAUGCUUCACGAGCCCGCUCACCCAGACCGACGCGGACAUCAUGCACGUCCCAUUGGGCGAGGCCGCAGGGCAGCAGGUAUGGGAGGCCCUGGCCAUGUUGGUCGCCCUACGUUUGUGGAGGCAAGCGUGGCUGCAGCAGGGCAUCCACCUCGCAGCGACGGCGGAUCGCAUCUCCACGCUCACCCUCCUGCUCACUUUCAGGGCCCGCGCCGCCUCGUACGGCCUCGGUGUGGUACGCCGAGAGAUGGCCCUCGAAUUCGGCGACUGCGCCUACAAGCCCAGGUACUACGCACACAUCCCGGGCAUUGCCAAUGACAUGCCGACGAGCUCAGCAGGAGAGCACAGCCGGGACACCAGACCAGGCACCCGCGCGCCCUUGCCACCGCCACCGAAUUUUUCGUGGCGCCUCGCCUGCCGAGCUUCUUCCGCGCCCUCCCGCCCGCUUCGCAAGUGCAGAAUACGGGGGCGGGUUGAGUGCGCGGGAUUGCAUUUGGUCACAUCGCUUGUGCAUUCGCUCUCUCCCCUCCCGCUGCCUCUUCCCCUCGAGCCUUUCUGCCGUGAAGGUUUCAUGGCCGCGUGGGUGCGCGCAGCCGGCGGCUGGGUUCUCGGGGCGCUCUCCGAGCGCUGGGCCGGGGCUGGCCGCGGCGGGGUCGCCGAGGUCUCCUGCCGCUGCGUGUUCGAGGGCUCGGACACCACCGACGGCCUCGUGGCCAUCCUCCGGGAGCAGCUGGCGCGCUGCGGCCCGGAGCACCUGCAGGGGGCCGCGUGCCAGCCCUGCCCGCCGUGCCCGCUUCCGCUGGGGCACUACACGGGGCUCGACCUCUGCGGCGCCGCCGUGGUGGGCGUGGCCCUUGGCGCUGGGCUGGCGACAGCGGCCUGGCUGGCGGCUGGAGCGCCGGUUCGGCCGGCCGCGAGAGCGCGGGCCCUCGCCGUCGAGGACGACGCCGGCGGCACGCACGUCGCGACUCCGUCGGCUCUCGGGUACGAGGACGACGCCAACUUUCAGUGGCACCACCGAGUCCUGCUGGUGAAGGGGGACGCCCAGAAGUGGAUCUGGCUCACGCCGGACGGGGAGGUGGCCUUCGUGGACCUGGCCACCUUUCGGGUGCUUGCCCUUCGGAGGUCGGGACAGUUCCCGGCCCGGCAUGCUGGGAACAUCUACGCUUUCGACGACGUGGCGGCGGAGGAUAUGCAGGGCUACCUCGAGGAGGCCAGGGCCCUCGGCACGAUCCUCGGCUUCGACCUCGCGGGCGUGGUGGGCCUCCAGGGCGACAAGUGGUACGUCAGCGACCCCACCUCGUCGCACUUCGGCGAGGAGGUGCCGCCCCAGGUGCUCGCCAACGAGGAGGUCCUGGUGCGGCGCGGCGACGUCGGGCUCGUGCGGCUCGACGACGUCUGGAUCCACGCGAUCAAGGUGGGCGAGGGUCAGAACUUCGACACCUACCUCGCGAGAGCUCGUGGCGGCGCUGGCCGGGACCCACGCGUCGUCGGCGACGAGAGGGACCAGGACGGUGGCAGGUACAUCGACUUCCGCGACUCGGUCCGCCGCAUGAAGGAGACGACGAUCCCGGGCUGGCCUCUGCAGGGCCGCAGGGCCACGAGGGAGGCCGUGCUCUCCCUUCGCGACGGAGGGCAGGGCAACUGGGAAGAGCACCACACCACCUGGCUCCGACGCAGUGGGGUGGCCGAGCGUGGCAACGUGGCCCGCGAGCACCACAUGAUCUGCGUGACGCUUCGGAUGAUGCAGCAGUUCGACCAGCUGGACCUGUUCAACAUCGCGGGCGCCGAGUACCUCGUCAGGCGGCUCAAGCAGCUGGAGUCGGCCACCCGCAAGAACCCUCGGGCUCCCGACUUCGAGGGGCUCGACCUCAUCCUCGACACGGGCGUCGACGACACGGGUGGCAUGGUGCUGCCAGAGUUCGAUGGAUGGGUUGGCGAUCAGGCGCGGGCCCGCGCCCAGACUAUGAAGGCGAAUCGGCAGUGGCAGGAGGAGAGCGGGUGCUUCAGCGACGCCCUCGUGAACACCGUGUUCGAGAGGCAGUUCACUCGAUCAACUGUCUCGCCGCCUGCGCGGUGCGCCAUCGUGGCCGCGGGCCAGGAGCUCCUCAAGUCCGACUCGCUCUACGGUGGAGCGCCGUCCAAGGUGGUCCCGUACGAGGAGUCCAAGCUCAAGUUCUGGCAGUCCUCGGUCACGCCUCGAGACGUGGAGGAGGUCUGCCCCAAGUUCGUCGUCGACGCCUUCCGCGACCCCGACGCCUACAUCCGCAAGCCGGACCGCGUGGUGGAGCAAGACCUCGAGCUCCUGCCGCCGGUCAAGCCGUACUGGGACGUGCGGCUCGCCAGCGACGCCCGCCUUCGCCGGGACUUCCUCCUCAGGCUCGCGGAGCGCGGGCUGGUGGGCUUCCGGCGGCGGAUCAGGUCACGCGUGGGGUGCUUCUUCGUCGAGAAGAAGGGCGGCUGGAUCCGCCUGGUCGUCCACGCUCGCGACACCAACCGCACCCGCUGGGCGCCCCCGCACGCCGCCCUCGGGACCCCGGCCGCCCUCAGCGAGCAGGACUGGUCCGAUGCUGCGCUCUCGGGCGCCGGUCGAGAUAGUGCCGACGGCUCGCCUGCCCAGAUCUUCGGGUCGUCCCUCGACCUCCAGGACUCGUUCUACCAGUUCUUCUCGGAGCGCGUCGCGGAGGAUUUCGGGAUGGAUUUUCCAGAGCGGGCGUCCUACUACCAGGUCUCCCACAUCUGGACGCCCGACGGCCUGUCCCCUGUCGACCCCGACGAGCUCGUCUUCCCGGUCUUCCGCAGGGUGCCGAUGGGGUGGUCCUGGGCACUCUGGGCCGUGCACUCGUCCGUCACGUCCUGGGUCUCGGAGACGCUGCCGGGUGGUGUCCGCCGCCUGCUGCUUGACAAGCAGCCGGCUCCCGUCGCGGCGCCCUUCCGCCCCACCGGGUCGGUCUACGUGGACGACGUCUCGUUCCUGGGCCUCUCGAGCGACGACGUCGGGCACGCGCUGCAGGCCGCGAAGGACAAGCUCGACUCGCUCGGCAUCGCGUGCCACGAGGUCGAGGGUCCGGCCACGCACUUCACCACCGUCGGCGUCGAGUACGACGGGAAGCGGAGGCGGCUGCGGCAUUCAGAUCACCGAGCCUGGCGCCUCUAUUUGGCCUGUCAGGAGCUCGAGCGCCCUGGGGUUCCACGCGCGGCUUGGCAGAUCCGCGUGUUCCUCGGGCACUGUGUGCAGCACUGCCUGCUGUUGCGGCCGGCCCUCUCGAUCUUCCGCCUGCUCUACCGCUUCGUGGACGCGCAGGGUCAGGGGCCUCCAGUCGCGCUGUCUGCUGGGGCCCGCCGGGAGAUCCAGCUCUUCAGGGGGCUCAUCUUCCAGGCCGUCGUCUUCCUGGACCGGCCGAUGUCCUCCCUGGUCUUGUGCUCCGACCCGUCCGAGGCUGGCUACGCCCUCCAUCGCCGACGUGCUGACGUUCGACUCCUUCGGCAGCUGGCUGCUACCCGGGAGAGGUGGAGGUUCGUCCCCAACGAGAAGCGCCCCGACGCGGCGCUCGACGACACCUUCUCCCCAGGCUGGGUGCCUGGUGCUGGUGGAGUGCUGGGCGAGCCGCCGGGCGCUACAGGCGUGGCCGUCUGGGCCCCCCCGCCGACGCGCUCGAGGGAGGGCGCCCGGGGCGUGCUCAAAGGCCGGCUCAGACCCACUGUGCGGCCUGCAGGCGUCUCCGUGCCCGACAGCCUCGUCGAUCCCAGGGACUGGUCUCUCAUCGUCGAGGGCGCCUGGCGCCGCAGCGCCCCCAUCCACCUGCUGGAGGGCCGCAUCGCCCUGGGCGGCUUGCGACACGCCGCCCGGCAGGUCGACUGCCACGGCUCCCGGGUGCUCAGCCUGGGCGACAACAUGUCGGAGCUCCUCUCCGUCGAGAAGGGGCGAGCCGUGGACCACGGCCUCGCCUGUCUGUGCCGGCGGGCCGCCGCCUACCAGAUCGCCUGCGGGAUCUCUUGGCGGCGGCGGCACCUCGACACGGACCGCAACCUCAGUGACGCGGGCUCGAGGAAGGCGCUCCAGGGCGUCUACCGCCCAGGACAGCGGCGGGUUGGCGGCAGGUCGGCGUGGCCCGCCCCGCCCGCUGGGUGCCCGCAGUCGGCGCCCCCGGCGCCGGCCCCGCCGGCGCCCUCGGCGACCGCCAGCUGGCCAGUCGCCGAGGAGGCUUGCGAGCCUCCCCCCGCGGCGCGGCUGCGCGGCGGCCGACAGCAGACCCGCCCGCCGCGGCCGCCGCCGCGGGCAUCUGGGGCUGCUGGCCGCUGCGGGCCGCGGCUCGCCCCCCGGCCACAAGAGGGGCCCGCAGCCGGCGCCCCUGGCCACCCUGCACGCGAGGCGACGAUCGACGAGCUCGGUCUGGCGGUCGCGGCUCCGAUCGACAUCAAGUUCGGUGGCUGGGGCGACCUGCUUCGGCCCGGCCUCGAGUCCGUCGUUCGCCAGUGGAUUGUCUCUCGCAAGGUCUGGUUCGUGCACUUCGGGACUCCGUGCGCUCCGUGGUGGUCCCUCGAGAACCCCCGGGGCUCCCGGCUCUUCUCUUGGGAGCCUCUCCAGAAGUUCCUGUCCGAGCAUAGCAAGGUCUCCGUGGUGUAUGACUGCUGUCGGUUUGGAGCCCCGUACCAGAAGCCCACCAGGAUUGAGUCUGACCUCCCCGAGCUCGGUACCCUUGAAAGGCGUUGUCUUGGAGGUCAUGCCCACGAGCAUCUUCAGGGGAAGGUCAAGGUCCCUGAUCGCCAGGGUCGGCUCAAGCAGUUCUGGCGCACGACCCUGGCCGGCGCCUACCCUCCUGGUGCCUGCCACAGCGCCGCUCGGGCCCUGGCGCGCGCGGCGCCCGCGGCAGCUUGGCGACAAGAUGGGGAUCCACUGCUGCCCGGUCACUGGGAGACUCAGCUCCGCCGUGCAGCCAAGAUGGACGACUUCCAGCCGUCCCUCGAGUGCCCCAGCUGCCCGCGGAAGUGGGUGCCUGCUGACUCCUCGCCGGGCUUCCUGCGGCGCUCGCAGGUGCGGCCGGCCACUCAGGCCCGCUACCUCGCCAGCGUCGUCAUGUUCGCCACGGCCAUGGGCGUUGUCGCCGACCGCUGGGCAAGCAAAGAUCUCCCCCUGGUGGACACGCUCCUCGAGGAGUACUUCGAGCAGCUCUACGUCGACGCCGGCAGCAAGAGCACGGCCCGCUACACCUUGGCCGCCCUGGCCUACCGCUUCAGCGUGUCGCUUCGUGCCCCGGACGUCUUCCCAAAGGCGAAGGGCGCCCUCUCCGGCUGGGGCAAGCUCGAGCCGGACGUCACCUCGGAGCCGCUCUGCUGGGCGGCAGCGUGCUUGAUGGCCCUGUACCUGGCUGGUCUCAACACAGAGAUUGCCCUGCAAGCCGCCCGCGGCCUGGUCGUACAGUUCGACGCGUACCUGCGUCCAGGCGAGCUGCUGGACCUUCGCGUGCCCUGCUGCAUCCUGCCGCAGCCAAGUGCCGGCUCAGGCUACAACAAGAUGGGGCUCGUCGUCGGUGCCUCCGCGCUCGUCAUGGGCGACGACGUGCACACUCGCGUCACCAAGACUGGCCUCCAGGACGACACCGUGCUCAUCGAUGGCCAGUCGCGUACUGGCGUGGCCGGCGCCCUCAUGGCCCUCGUCAAGAGCGCCAACCGUGCCCGGCAGGGGCGCCUCAUGUUCCUCCACUCCUACGCGUCGUACAACCGCUUGCUCAAGAAGGCUGCCGUCGCUGUCGGCCUCCCGACCAAGGUGACUGCGCACCUCCCCCGGCACGGCGGUCCGUCGGAGGACUACCUGAGGGGCGCCCGCUCGCUGGCCGACAUUCAGACGCGCGGCAGGUGGGCGAGCUUCCGUUCGGUCCAGCGCUAUCAAAAGAGCGGCCGUGCACUUGCUUCUUUCAGACGCCUCUCGGCCGCAGUAAAAGCAGAGGCAAAGCGUGCGGAGGCCAUGCAGUUAUCAUUUCUCGCCUGA